ACGACAGACUGAUGAUAUCGAAUUCAUUCAUACAUCUGCCGUCAAUGGCGUCAACGCCCCUCCUCCACUUCCUCUUCCUCACRCUCCUCUUCCACCAACACACGCAUUCAUCGGCCUCUACACUCCCCAAAGAAGCUCUACCUACAAAAUCCGGCUACCUCCCCGUCAAUUCCACCACCGGCUCAGCCAUUUUCUAUGCAUUCUAUGAAGCCCAAUAUCCCAAUMACACUUCUCUUUCUCARACYCCACUUAUCAUAUGGCUUCAGGGGGGACCUGGUUGCUCCUCCAUGAUCGGAAAUUUCUACGAACUCGGUCCAUGGAGAGUAACGCCUGUGAAGCAAAACGUCAAASACCUUGAGCUCCAACCAAAUCCUGGUUCUUGGAACCGAAUAUUCGGUCUUCUUUUUCUUGAUAAUCCGAUUGGAACCGGCUUUAGUAUCGCUUCGACGCCAGAAGAGAUCCCAACAGACCAACAAGCUGURGCAAGGCAUCUGUUCAUCGCGAUCAGAAAGUUUAUUGCUUUAGACCCGUUGUUUAAGUCUCGUCCAAUUUACAUUACAGGAGAGAGUUAUGCUGGAAAAUACGUGCCGUCAAUUGGGUAUUAUAUUCUUAAAAGAAAUCCCCUKUUACCCCUUUCGAAACGUGUCAAUUUACAUGGAYUGGCUAUCGGAAAUGGGUUGACCGAUCCGGAAACCCAAGUGGGGACUCAUGCUUUGCAUAAUUACUAUCUUGGUUUAAUCAAUGAAAAACAGAAAACCCAAUUGGAGAAGCUUCAAUUUGAGGCUAUCCRCUUAACAGAAUCUGGUAACUGGAGUGUUGCUACAGAUGCAAGAACCAAUGCUUUGAGUUUUCUACAAAACAUCACAGGUCUAGCUACUCUAUAUGACUUCAGGAGGUAUCRUCCCUAUGAUUCUUACUGGGUAGAAGAGUUUUUGAAGAACCCAGAGGUUAAAAASGCAUUGGGAGUGAAUGARUCAAUGGUKUUUGAGRAGUGUAGUGAUGUGGUURRUGCAGCACUGCAUUCAGAUGUGAUGAAGAGUGUGAGGUUCAAGGUGGAGUAUCUUGUGAASAACAUUAAGYUAUUGCUGUAUCAAGGGCAAUGUGAUYUGAGAGAUGGGGURGUGUCUACUGAAUCUUGGAUGAGAAAGAUGAAAUGGGAGGGACUUGAGAAGUUUUUGGAUGCAGAAAAAGAAGUUUGGAAGGUGAAAGGUGUAGUUGCAGGUUAUGUUCAGAAAUCAGAUAAUUUGAGGCAUGUGGUGGUGUUAGGGGCUGGUCAUUUUGUGCCAACUGAUCAAGCUGUGAAUUCUCAAGCCAUGAUUGAAGAUUGGGUUCUUGAUAGAGAUUUGUUCAUCAAUAAUCAGAUUCAAAAGCAUCCCUUGGAUAUCUAAAACUGUUGUUUUACAAGAUGUGAAAAGCCUUGGAAUGAUACUCAUGUUGUGAAUCUAUGAACUUUGUUGAUCAAUUAUAUGCUUUGAUCUUUGUAAUUGCAAAUUGUUGUUGGAACAAACUUCAUGAUAACGGAUAAGGGAUUACGACCGAAGAUCUUUCGUAAGUAUAUUGGUCGUACACAUACUGUACCUUUUGACGGUAUCAUGAUUUAGUAGGAGUCUGUAUUUCGAGUGUUUUAUGUAUCGUUUGAAAACAAGUAUGUUGUAUGCUUAUAAGGAAUGAAAGAUGGGGCAGGAACCAAUUG